AAUCAUUAUACAGAGUGCAGUAAAGGUCCUCAGAGAUCCUAACCCUUUCAGUUCCUUACAGUGUCAGUAGUCACAGAGCUCAAGUGGAGUUCUUUUGCCAUCCAUUACCAAGUGCCUUGGACAUCUAUAAACCAAGGAUCUGGAGUCAUGGCUGUCACAAAUUUCCACUACAUAACUCGGAUGAGCAGCGGUUUUAAAGUUUACAUCCUAGAGGGUCAGCCACACCUGAGAAGUGAGGACCGGUUCCGUCACAUAACCAGUGACAGAAUCAGAGUGACUGCUGCUCACCCAUUCAAACAUAAGCACAGUUCAGAACAAGGACGAACACUGGAAGAGAGAAGAAAGAGGGCCCUCAGCAAGAGCCUGGUCAAUGCUGACAGAACGACAUCGCGAUUCAACGUGCCUGAGAGUCCUACAUCCACCUGGAGCCCCACAGCAAGUCCGGCUCACCUUAGCUCUAAUGCAGUUAUAGAUGAGCCGCUUGCCCUUGUCAAGAAAAUGCACGCAGAGACAGAAGAUAAAAACAAUAAAAACGGAGUCCGACACAUACAGGUUCGUCCCUCAGUGAUCACAUGUGUCUCAUCAACAAAGGCAGCCUGUAUGCCAGUAGCCUGUUGCAAGCAUCCCACUGUUAUAACACAGCACAGUUAUGAUAACGUUGAGGAACAUUUCCAGCGAAGCCUUGGGGUGAACUAUCAGAAACAUUCCUCUAAGAAAAUCUCUAUCAGCGUGUCUGUGGAUGACCACUUUGCCAAGGCUCUUGGAGAGAAAUGGCUAGAACUCAAAGCAUCCUCUUCCACUUGCAGUUCAUCUUCCACACAGUCAACAUCAUCUUCAUGUCUACCCAGUAAUCCCACUUUCAAUCACUCAGCUGGUUAUGGCCAAAGCCCUAAACGAGCUCGCAAAGAUUGUGCCAGCCCAACUACAGCCCCCUCCAGCAUGCAGUCAGGGAAAUAAAACUGGAGGAAUAAAGGUUUUCUAAAUGUAUAAUGGACUGUUGAGGUUUUCACAUAGAACCACACUAUGCAUGAUUGCUGCAGAUAAAUAAAAUUCCAAAAACAUGCAGUCAUAUAACAGAAUGCUGGAAUAGUGGUGCAAUAUUGAGCAUUACUAUUAAAGAUUUGGGUAUCUCUUUAUGAAAUGUUUUAGAGGAUCUGAUCACUAUGCAUUCUAACAUAAUGUAUUGAAAUACAUGGUGUCAUGAUGUAUUAUUGGUUCAGUUAUAUUCAGUUAUUUUUUAUUACCUUUUUAGUCUUUAAUUGCACUGAUAAUAAAUAAUAAUAUUAAGUUGGAUAGUUUACCUCUGUUAUGUGUCUGUAGGUCCCAUAGUAAAAUAAUGGUACCAUGAUGUAUGACCCCAGUACUGUUAAAUCAUCAUGUAUGACACAAGUGCUGUUACAGUACUGUAGGGGUAGCAGCAGUAGCUAAUUGCCCUGUGGACAAGAUUAAUCUUUUUUUUUUUUUUGAGUAGGCAUUUGAGGGGCAGUGUAAGGGUAAUUCAAACUGCCCCACAAACAAAAUUUUAAAAAUUCUCAAAAAAGUAUACAGAUGCUAAUAUGUUGUUUUUGGAGUUGAUUGAAUGAAUUAAUAAAUGUAACGGGUUGAGUUUCUUUUGCAUCCUAAAUUAGUUUUACUGUUCUUGUGGUUCAUAAAUGUAUUUAAAAGGGAAACUCUUUCAAUUUAUAAUUCUUUCAAUUUAUGAAUUCAUUCAUCUUUGGUUCAGUAUAUAUUUAAUUAAUUGUUGAACGCAAUGAAAAUGGCAAUCAUAUUAUUUUUCUGAUCCACACAUGCCGACACAAACACAUAUUAAACUAAUUGUUAGGCAAUUGUCAACUGAUUUGAUUUGAACAAAUAUAUGGAUAAAAUAGAAACACCUCAAAAUACACUAUAAGAAGAUAUUUUCCAUUAGUUUAGGCUUAGCAUAUCUUGUUAAAUGAUUUCAAUCACUUGAAAUCAUUUUUAUUUAAAAAAUUGUCAUGUGGCUUAGCAAUGGACUUUUUUUUGUUGUGGGUCCUCUUGAAGUGUGGACAAACUAGGGCCAAAGUAUUCCUCAUGGGGAAGAGUACAUACUCUCACUGUACAUUUUCAUCAGCAAAACGUGGCAACAAUGUAAAGCAAAAAAAAUAAUAAUAAUAAUGCAUAUUCAAUUCAAAAGCUUCAGGUCAAACAAAAAAAUUAAAAAAAAAGAAAGAAAAAAGUGUGAUCACUGUGACUUUGAUUAUGGUUGCACAAGGUGGGCUGGAUUGUGUAUUUUCUAAACGGAGAAUGAUCUAUGAUUUGAAUAACACUGAAUGGUGUGAAAAGGGCAUUCAAUUUGCAAAAGCUAUGGGUGGAAAUGCUUUGUUAAUAAGAGAGAUCAGAGUAAAAAGGCCCAGCAUCUCAGCAUGCACAAAACAUUGAACCUUGAAGUGGAUGGGCUAUAGCAGCAGCAGACCAUAUUGGGUCUCCACUCUUUGGACAGCCAACAACAAAUCUGAUUGGUCUUUUUUCCAGUCUUUAGCUGUCCAUUUCCAGUGUGCUCACGAUAUCCUUAGAUUCUUGUUCUUUGGCUGAUGUGGUCUUCUGCUGUUUUGUCACCCAACCACCUCAAGUCAAGGUUUGAUGUGGUCAGUGAUGUGAAUUCUUUUGUAAUUAAUGCAAAGAAGCAAACAGAACUUUGUAUAGCUUAUUUAGGGUGUUACAUCUAAUGCAUGCUCCAAGUGAAUUGAAAUGAUAUGUUUCAGUUCAUCAUUUCAUUCCUGAUUUAUGGACUGGUAGGUGUUUACAAGGUUUCAUCACUUUGAGAGGUCUACCUAUCAUUAUAAAGAGAAGCUCAACAAGCAAAGAGCCCACUGUUCAAUAAAUGCUGAGAUGAUUCUUACUAGCUCAAAAUGGGACUCAAAAGUACUCUUUAAAAUCCUGUUGUCAAACAACAGUAAAUCUUCCAUCGCAUUAAAAGUUACUGCAUCUAACACACAAAUUAUGUGAAGGCUUUAGUAGCUACAAUUAGUGCUGUAUCAGAGGCUUCAGUGUAGACUUUCACACAGGCUGCACUGCCUGCAGAAAAGAGUUUGUGUUUAAUAUUCAAUAUUUUAGUGGAGAUUUGAUUAUUUGAUUUUCUAAAAUGUUAAAUUUGACCAAAAUCACUAAAAUAUACACACUGAUAAACAUUUAACUGACACAUUUUAAUGAAACUGUAAGGGAAGACGAGGGCUGCAAAUUUCACGGCUGGAAACUUUCCAUGGGAAUUAAAGGGAAUAUAUGGGAAUUAAUGGGAAUAUAUGGGAAUUUGCAAAAUUGCAAGUUAGCCUAUAACAGGGAACUUAAAUGUAGUUGAAAAAAAUAUCUUGCAGUAUAAUCUUGGUUAAAACAACUAGAUAAAACAACCCUGUAUAUUCCUCAAUGACAUGCACACAGCACUGCAGGGCGACUGAGGCUACACCUCAAAUUCAAAUUUUUCAAAUAUAUAUAUAUAUAUAUAUAUAUAUAUAUAUAUAUAUAUAUA